UAGUACUUUUAAGUACAUGUACGUUUGAACACUUCAGUAUUUUCAAAAUGGAGUACUUUAAUACUUUAACUUGAGUAGAUGUUUGAACAAGUAACUUUUACUUUUAAGUAAGAUUUGAUUAUGAGUAUCAAUACUUCUACUGAAGUACUAAUGUUGAUGCUGAUGGUUGAGGGGCACAUCCUACUCUGACAUUUACAUAACAAGCUGGUUAAAAUUGUAGUUUUAUUUUGAAGGAAGUUAUGUGGCAGGUGCUUUUAUUUUGACAGACUGCAGUUCCAGCAUGUGUCUAAUUAAGCAAAUUACAGCCUCCUUUUUUUGCUUGCUUGACUAAUAGAACAACAAAACUCUGCUGGAAAAAAAAGGAAAAUAGAGGGAUGUUUUGUUGUUUGAAAAUUCUCCCUCUGCCUCUAAAGAUCUGCCUUGGAAUAUGCCUCCAGCAGGAUGUCUCAGAGGAGAGUAAAAAAGCCAAAAUGAAGAACUCCGUCAUUGAACAGGACCUUUGUGAACAUGCCAGGGUGGAAAGUGAUGUCAUCAAAAUCCUAAUGCUUGGAGUUGCAGAAAGUGGAAAGAGCACAAUAAUCAAACAAAUCAAGAUAAUACAGAGCAGCGGCUUCUCCACACAGGAACUUCUCAGUUUCAAGCCUGCAGUGCUGGAUAACCUUCUCACCUCCAUAAAGAUUGUUCUGCAUGGAAUGGGCAAGCUGAGGAUAAACCUUGCAUACAAGAAGAACAAGAUCCAGGCUCGCUCCAUUUUGUCCUGCAGCCAGUGUUUGGGAGACGACCAGGAGCUGCUCCCUUUUGUCGCCCAAGCCUUCUGUGCUCUUUGGUCCGACCCAGGGGUGAGGGCUGCUGUAGCCAGAGGAUACGAGUACGAGCUGAACGACUCUGCCCUCUACUUUUUUGAAAAUAUAAGUCGAAUCAUCUCCCCUGCCUACAUUCCCACUGAAGCCGAUGUUCUGAGGGUCAGAGUGAGAACCUGUGGAAUCAUUGAGACGCACUUUCAAGUUGAAGAAACAAUCUUUAGACUGUAUGAUGUUGGAGGCCAGCGGAGUGAGAGGAGGAAGUGGCUGAGUUGCUUUGAUUCUAUCCACGCUGUGCUGUUUGUUGUGGCCCUCACUUCCUAUGAUCAGACUCUGCUGGAGGAUCCAUCAAUGAAUCGACUUCAGGAAAGUCUUGAACUAUUUUCAUCAGUAUGCUCUAACAAAGUGUUCCAGAAAAACUCCCUGAUUUUGUUCCUCAACAAAACUGACCUUUUCCGGGAGAAGAUCCUGCACUCUGGGAGACACUUGAGAGUUUACCUUUCAUGCUAUGAAGGAGCAGACUGUGACGUGGAUGCUGCAGCUCACCAUAUCGCUGCCAUGUUUUCAGCCUGCAACAUGGACUCCAGCCGGCCUGUGUACCACCACUUCACCACAGCCACCGAUACUGAAAGCAUGGAGGCUGUUUUCCACAUGGUUAUUGAUCAGAUCAUCAAAGAGAACCUAGCAUCUGUCCAGAUGUUGUAGGUCUACAGUGCGUCAUGAUGAUUACUAUGAUUUUUAUGUAAGAUUUUAUUUUUGUGUUUUAGCACAUUUUAAAAUUAUUUAUCUGACAGUGCUUUUUUAAACUGUUGUGUUUCUUUAAUAAAACUAUUUA